CAAGUUUAAAAACAACAUCACCGGUGUAUUAGGCCACCGCAAGCGCCCACCUUCGCCAUGCAGGAACUCAAAGUGUCCGACGUCUUGCGCCGUGCUUCCACAUACAGUUUAGAGCAGGCAGCCAAAGGACUUGCCUCGGCGACGCACGGGUUCGGAGCUGGCACCUUACAAGUGGAUGGGUCAUGGUUUAAGGACUCGACUGGUAGAACGAUAAUGCUCCGAGGCGUCAAUGUUUCUGGAAAUGCGAAGUUACCGUCUACUCCAUAUAUGCCGUCACAUGUUCGAGACGGUUUCUUCGAUGAUGCUACCGUCAGCUUUGUUGGAAGACCCUUUCCGCUAGCGGAGGCCGACGAACAUUUUGCGCGCUUACACUCAUGGGGGUUUAACUUCGUACGCCUUAACAUAACGUGGGAAGCUUUGGAGCACGCAGGACCAGGAAUGUACGACUUUGAGUUCAUGACGUACAUCACAGAGUUGCUGCAAAAGGCGAAGAGACACAAGUUUAGAGUCUUCAUCGAUCCCCACCAAGACGUGUGGUCGCGUUUUAGUGGCGGAUCUGGCGCACCUGGGUGGACUCUACGAAAGGCUGGUUUAGAUGUGACAAAGUUUGCCGCAACGAACGCCGCCAUCGUACAUAAUACAUACCCUGACCCCGAUAACUACCCGAAAAUGAUCUGGCCGACUAAUUACUACAAACUCGCUGCUGCCAGUAUGUUCACGCUCUUUUUCGGUGGCAAGACCUUUGCUCCUUCUUGUAUGGUAGAUGGGGUGAACAUUGAAGAAUUCCUACAGAGUCACUACUGCAAUGCAUUCGCCACUCUGGCGAAAAAGAUACAAGAGGUUCCAGGGUUGGAAGAUGACGUGGUUAUUGGUUACGACACGUUGAAUGAACCCAGUCCUGGUCUCAUCGGAUGCCCCGACCUCUCGAAACUUGAUCCGCGGCAAGAACUUAAGAAAGGAUUGACACCGACCUUCUUCCAGGCAAUGCUUCUAGGGGAAGGAAUCAAAUGUGAUGUCGAUGUAUGGGAGUUUACCUCAUUCGGGCCGCGUAAACAGCGUACAGACACGGUAGAUCCGGCCGGUGCUUCUGCAUGGCUUCCGCAAUCCGGUGGUUGCAUAUGGGCUGGUAAUGGUGUCUGGGAUCGUACAACGGGCACAUUACUGCGACCCGAAUACUUUUCCAAACAUCCGAAGACCAAUCAACCCGUCGAUUUUCUCUCUGACCAUUGGAUGCCAUUCGUAAGACGGUUUACAAGUGCUAUUCGUGGGGUCUAUCCCGGUGCGAUUAUGUUUAUCGAACCUCCGGUCAAUGAGCAUCCACCGGUGUGGAAUGAAGCAGCAGGAGACCCGGUUGGCAGGUUGUGCUAUGCUCCGCAUUGGUACGACGGGCUCACUUUAAUCAGCAAACAUUUCAAUACCUGGUAUAAUGUCGACUACAUUGGGUUCCUUCGCGGAAAAUACUCUCAUCCGGCAUUUGGACUGAAACUUGGGGAUGCGGGUAUCCGAGCUGGUUUCAAAAGUCAGCUCAAGACCUUACGUGAUGAAGGGCUAGAAUACAUGGGUGAAUACCCAUGUGUGUUCGGUGAGAUAGGAAUUCCAUAUGAUAUGGAUAAUCGUAUCUCAUAUCUCACCGGAGACUACACGGCGCAAACACAGGCUCUUGACUGCAAUAUGCACGCGCUGGAGACCAAUUUACUUAAUUUCACCCUUUGGAACUAUUGUCCAGACAAUAGUCAUCAAUGGGGGGAUGGUUGGAAUGGGGAAGAUUUGAGCAUCUGGUCGCCAGCCUUCCCGAGAAGGAAGGGGUCCGCCAUCGCGGGGAAAGCCAAUGUCAAGAUACCGCCUAUGGAUGUGAACAGAGUUGGUCCCUUGGAAUCGCACAUCGGAAAGACAUCCUGCAUGCAUGAGGAAGAAGCUGGGAGCAUUGAAGGGGGCGGGACUCCAGUUGGGCAAGACUCAGCCUACCUUGAUCAAGGUGGCCGCGCAAUACCAGCCUUCGCCCGUCCCUACCCCGUCCUCACGCCAGGGACCCCGAUGUCCCUUCAUUUUGAUCUACAUAGUGGCGUUUUCACUUAUACCUUUCGACAUAGCCUGUCAUCUGGCCUCUGGGCGACGCCGGGGUUGGAUCCUUCUUCUAAAGCAUUAGAAACUGAACUUUACGUCCCACGCGAGCACUAUCACAACGCAGAGCAAGAUGCAGAGGUGUGGGUUAGCGAAGGUCUUCUGCGAUGGGACCAGACAGAACAGAGAUUGUAUUGGAGAUGCGGCUGUGAUCCAGGUUUUAAAGCACAGACAACACAGUCCGGUAAUAAUGAAGCGAAGAGGGAAGGGGGAAACUACGAUCUUGGACCCGGCGUGGAGCAUACUAUUGUGAUUAAGAAGCGAGUACCGGGGGCCAAGCCCCUAUCCGUCUUAGCAAAGGAGGCUAGGGAGAAAAGAUUGGAAGGGACAGAUGAGAAAGACGCGCGAGUUGCACUAUGUCCAACGCCAACAAAUGAAUGCGUCAUAUUAUAGCCACUUGAGUAAGAUCUAACGUACACCUGUCCAUGCCAACCCUUAUUUAUAUACAUCACGGAUAUCUGAGACCUUCAAGCAAGGUGGGCUCUCAGAGAGCACGGUACCGUUAUAGGCCCCUGAAAUGGCUUCAUGUUAGAAAGCAUAGCUCAACAGAAGGGACGGUGUCGUGCUUAUUGCAUGUGCCGUAUUUAUAUGUUCAUCGAAAUCUUCAUCGAUCCUCGUCGUCGAAUAAAGGGUUGAAUUCGCUAAAGGCGCCCAGAGGGUUGCCUCUUAAACCCAAAACUCUCUGUUUCCACCGUCCUUCCAGAUACAAGCGCUCUAAUUUGUAACAGUCUUCUGCGAUCCUCUCGGCUUCGUCAAAGC